AUGAGUGCUACGCCACCCAAUCCACCUACACCAGCUCGUCACCCUCCUCCGCCUGGUCCAAAUGGACCGUUCAUUAAAAUACGUCGCCGAAAUGCAGACCCCUUAGUCCGCCCGAAGAAGAAACCAAUACCGCGUCCACCAGGUCAAGGCCAGCCAGGAGGUCAAGCUGCCAACGGGACAGCAGCUCCAAGGCCUCGACCUCCACUAGCUGUACCUAGACCAAAGCCUUUAGCAAAGCCCAAACCUAUCAACCCCAGCGCAGACGACUUGACCGUAAAUGGAUUUAGCGGACCCUUGCUUUCUGAGACUUACGUUGAUUAUCCAUUGAUAACCACCAAACGUGCAUGGAGAGAGGGCUUAAAACAUCAUAUUGCCAGAUUUGCCUCGAAGAAAAAUAUAGAUCCUAGAGAUGAGUCACAGUUUACACGACCGGUCCGUUUACAGCGCCGCGACCCUCGUACCUUGAACACUGGGCCAGCAACCGAGAAAGAGGGCCAGGUUCCACGAAAACAGAGUGAGCUCAAUGAGGCUGAGCGGGAGGAACUGGAGGCUAAGAAAGCGGCAAGGGAGAAGGAACGUGCAGAGAAUUUGGCACAAAUAGCGCCGUCAGCUGCUACUGUACCAAAGAAGGCCAAUGCACCGAAACAGCGGACUCAACAGGUGUUCAAAUCUGAGAUGACACCCGAGGAGAUGGCUAGAGCUCGGAUUAAGUAUGAGGAAGCGCUGCCUUGGCAUCUGGAUGACUUUGAUAAUAAGGGAACUUGGGUUGGGAACUAUGAAGCAGCCAUGUCGGAGACACAUGCGAUGUUUGUUCUUCAAAACGAUGGAAAGAUGAGAAUGGUUCCGAUUGACAAGUGGUACAAAUUCAUCACCAAAAAUCCCUUCAGAACUCUAUCCAUUGAAGAGGCGGAGAAGCACAUGGCAAAGAAGAACAAAGAUCCCCGGUGGUUUAUUGAGAAAGAGCAGGUUAGAAUUCAGAAGAAGGCGCUUGAGCAGUAUGCCAAACAGAGCCGACUAUUUACCGGGAAGAGAGAAGGGUUUUUAGGGGCUGGUGAUGGUUUUGAAGGAGAUGAUUUGGAUUUCGAAGAAGACAGAUUUGCUGACGAUGAAGAACAUGUUGGGAUGUUCGACGAGGACGAAGAUGUCAAAACAGCCGAGAAGCGAAUAAAAGAGGAUCAACUAAAGGCCAAUAUUUUCGAUCUUAAGGAUGAGAAGAUGUACGAUGAAGAGGAGAACCAGGAGAAAAAAGAAAAGGAGGAGCUCAAGAAUUUUGGAAAGCGCGUACGAAAAGCUCUUCAGCGGAGAGAGAAGAAUUUUGAUUACAGCAGCGGCUCGGAUGCAAAUCCUUACUCUGAUGAAGAGAGCUCAGAUGAUUCCGAAACCGAGCGCUUAAAAGAAGAACAGCGAAAGCUAGAGGAACGCACCAAGAAAGAGAGAGCCAAGGAAUCCGACAAGAACUCCGGGGUUUCAACAAAGGGCACAAAUACCCCCUCAGGCCGCCCCAAACACACCGACCCGCUCAACAAAAAAGGAGCAGCAUCCCACUCUACUCGAAAACGUCCUGGUUCCCCCAAUCUCUCAGAAGCCAGCGGCACAGAUACCUCCCGCAAAAAGCCCAAGAGCAAACACGAUGCCCAACCUGGCUCACGACCUAUCUCCCCAGGCCCUGCAGCGGCCCUCCAGACCCAACGCAAACAAGGACCCGAUCAACCCGGAAGGAAACGUGCCAGAAACGGACCCGGAUCGGGUAGCGAUGGUGAACGGGCAGCUGGCUCAGGCGCCGAAAUGAGCGACGGAACAACAGCUGUAGCUUCUAAGAAACUGAAACUCAACCCGCCAGCCGUGAAAUCGCGGGCUGGGACGCCUCAUGGUUCUCGUGCGGGGAGUCCAGCUGUUCCAGCACCGACGACACGCCCCUCCACACCCGUCCCGGCACCCGUUGGGAUGCCUUCAAACCUCACCUUCCCCACUGCGUCGGAAAUUCAUUCCGCGAUCCCCGCUAUGGGUAUUGCCAGUGGGGAGUUGUUGAAGAUAUUCCGUCCUCGUAUUGGGGAUUCGAAGGAGAAUCAUCGGAAAUUCAUUGCUAUUGUGCGCGAUGUGAGUAUUUAUGGGAAAGAGGAUCGGUUGUUGAGGCCUGGGGUUUUGAAGGAGGGGUCGUGA